GUUCGUACUGUGUAUGUAUAUAUAUAUAUAUAUAUAUAUAUAUAUAUAUAUAUAAUUUUUUAUGUUGGUGAUAAUUACCGUAUUUCUCGCUCUUUAGGGUGCAAUAAAAGUGGUGGAAAAAUUGUAGUUAUACAGCGAAUGCUAAUAAAGGUGCGGGAAGAGCAGGAGAGGUUAGUUUUUAUUUUGUUUUUUAAUCUCUGAUGUGUGGCCGAUGGAGGUUGGGGAUCUGAUUUUGAGGUCUGAUAAGGAAAUGGAAAAUAUAUAUAUUUUUUUCAUUUUCUUCCUCUAAAUCCUUGUUGCAUCUUAAAUUCAAAACAAUAUGGUAACUCUGAUCCUGAGAGGAGGGGUCUGUUUCCCCAUUCUGGUGGAGCGGCUCACUCUGCUGCUGUCUUUGUACUCUGUGGAAACGUCAGAAUUAGCUGAGAGCGCUGUGCGCGGCUGUCUCCGGCAGUCCCGUAGAGAAAGGAUGGAAUCACAGGUGGCGCUCCAUCAGCCCGGGGGAACACAGGACGUUGUUCUCAGGAUCACAUGGGUCCCAGCCAUCAGACCCCCACAGAUCAGAUAGUUAUCCCCUAUCCCACAUAUGUAGGUUCUCCUCAUUGUUUACCUGCUCGACAUCGCAGUACCACGCUGUGUAAUUACACCUAAGACGUCCCAUUCACUUCUAUGGACGUCUCUGUCAUAUUCAAGUGUAUAGGAAGGAGCUAAGGUAAUUCUACUGCGUGGCGCUCCAAAUUCGACGGCGAGCAGUUGAAUAAUGAGGAGAAGUCAGCCUUCUCUUCAACCAGCUGAUCAGCAGGGGUGCCGAGUGUUGGUGACAUCAUCACAGGUCCUUUACUUCCUCUUGCAACCUUCUUGUAUUUUACAUCUUCUCAUCUUCUUCUCAUUCAGGUUCCUACAAUAUAGGAUCUGCCCAGUGGAUAUCUUCUAUAUAAGAUCCUUCUCCUGAUUGACCUGUCAAGGAUGGAUAGGGACAGGGACAAGAUGGCGGAGAGUAUAAUAAAUCUCACUGUGGAGAUCCUCUUAUGGCUUACUGGAGAGGACUACACAGUAGUGAAGAAGACCUCUAGUGAGCGCUGUCAGCCCCCUGUGUCUGAAGGAUGGGGAAGAAUCCUGAGCCCAAUCACUGGGCCUCCACCUCACCCCCUGAUACAUGAGGAAAUUAAUAGAGAGAAGAUCUUAGAGCUAACCAACAAGAUGAUUGAGCUGCUGACUGGAGAGGUUCCUAUAAGGUGUCAGGAUGUCACCGUCUAUUUCUCCAUGGAGGAGUGGGAGUAUGUAAAAGGACACAAAGAUCUGUAUAAGGACGUCAUGAUGGUGGAUCACUGGCCUCUCAUAUCACCAGUUAAGGAAGAGAGAAGAACACCGGAGAGAUGUCCCAGUCCUCUUCUUCUACAGGAUGGUUCAGAAGAACAUCACAAUGGCCCACAGGAUGAUCAGGGAGAUAAGGUCUCAUGAAAUGUCCCCUAUGAUCUGUAGGAGGCUGUGAAGAUCCUGUGUUCAGUCUUGUUUUAUCCAUCAGUAUUAUAUGUUUUAUCCUUGUAUAAUAGGGAAAGGUGGAGAUGGCAGGAUUACAGCUGACCAUAGCUUUCUGGUUCUCACAAUGUCGACUUUUACAUUGGCCUUCUCUGUGAACUACUGCAGACUUUUGUGGUUGCACACAGGUGGGACUACAUUUCUCAGAGCAGUCCUCAGCUGAGACUGUGUGAUACUGCAACUUGUCAACCAGCAUUGAGUUGUGCCCAAAUUGUCAGCUAUUGCCUGUCCUACAACGCAUCUUUAGAUCUCUAUUCCUAUCCUAUAGCCUGCCCUGGAAUUUCCCACUGAGUUGCACCAUGUACAUAGAAAGGAGUUCUGUUGUUGUCAGUUCUCACCUGAUGUGUUCUCUCCUGCUUUUACAUGCAGCAAUCUCCUCGACUGUAUGAGGAUGAGCGAUGUCUUCUGCUACAGACUCAUUGCUUCUGGGCAGCAGAUCGCUGUUUGCACAUCACAGUCUGAUGUCUAGAAACAAUUAUCUAAUGUGCUGCAUGAAUGAUGAACCCACCCGAUGAGGAAUAGUUUUGCUUGUUAAUUAGUUGAUUGACAGCACAGUUACACAUGUCUGCAUUGCAAACUUUUGGUUGGAAUAAUGAAGCAAUCAGAUUGGAUUUAUACAGGAGACCUGCAGAUAUUUGGGUCAGAUAACUCCUGCUGUCCGGUCAUUUUUGGUCAUCAUUCUAAUUACUGAUGUUUUCAGGUCAUAUAAAACCUUCCACACGACUUCUCCAACCGUCUGAUGACUUCUAUAAUA